AUGGUACUCAAUUCAGAUUCAAACAACACUACACCACCUAAUGAUCCCACCACACCUACAAACCCUCCACCUCCAUUGUUGUUGUCACGAGCAAUGGUGACAUCCGCCGCUCCAUUUUAUCUUAAUCCACAAAAUUCAACCUUUAGCCCUAACUUGACCACACCAAAUAGUUUUGGAUGGACUGGAAACAAUCCAAGUCUUUUCCCUAACUAUGUCGGAAUGAACCCAAUACAACAUGUGGGAUCUUCUUCAAAUCAAGUCGAGAACUUAACUAGGCCAAUUCUUCAAUUAGGCUUAGGCCCAUAUCCAAGCCUCUUGGAGACCCACCUAAAACGCAACACAUUUUUUCGUUUUGGUUCAGAGACAAACCAAAACGAAAAUACAAUUAACUCUCUUUUGCAAUUAAGUUCAAACUUGAACCAUGACCAAACCCAAAACAAUUCUCUUUUGCAAUUAGGAUCAUCUUCGAUCCUAAGGGAUAAAAACAAAAAUGUUCUUGAUCUGGGCCACAGUUCCUCCUCGAACCGUGACAAGAAUAGAGACAUUAACUCCAAUUCGAAUUGGAUUGGCAUUAACCCUGAUUUAAAUCAGGUUGAAAAAAAGGAAAUUCGUGGCUUCGAGUUUCACGCUUUGGGGUUGGAUCCAGUUUUGCCAGUAAAUGAGACCGAGAACAAGGAAAUUAGUCUUGUGUUAGGUCUAGGUUCCUCCCCAAAUAUAGUUGAGAAUGAAGGCAUUAUUAACCCUGACUCAAAUAAGGUUGAUAAUAAAAACAUUAACCAAAGAUUGAACCGGUUUAAAAAUGAAACCAGUGGCUUCAACUUUCUCUCUUUGGCGUUGGAUCCAGCCAAGCCAGUAAGUACGAGUAGGAAAACUGAAACUGGACAUGUGUUAGCUCAAAAAUCCUCCUCAAACCCGGUUGAGGAGAGAGGCAUUAACCCUAGUUUGAAUUGGGUUGAGAACAAUAGUGACUUUGAGUUUCACACUUUAGCAUUGGAUCCAGCCAAGCCUGUAGGUGAGGCCAAGAAACAUGAAAUUAAUAUUGCACUGUGUCAAAGUUCCACCCCAAAUCGGGUUGAGAAUAGAGGCAUUAAAUCUGAUUCAAUCCAAGUUGAGAAAAUUUUUGAGCUUUGCAAUUUGGCGUUGGAUUCGGUCGAGCCAAUAAGUGAAAAAGAAGUGGUUGACAAUAAGCAAAAUCAAAUGGAUCUGAUUCAGAAGGGAAAAUCAAAAGUUUCUGUUGGAUCUUCAGCGAAGGCUAAAGGUUCUGGUGAGAACAACAAUGUUGGAGAAGGUGACAGAAAAGAGGAAAACGAAGUGGGGACGGAAUGUUCAGAUGAAGAAUCAAACACCCAGCUCGUAAAAACAUGGAAUUUGAGGCCCAGGAAGCCUCGGGUGAACCCUGAGAAACAAGGAAACAACGGAAGUGGUGAAGGAGGAAUGUCAAGGAAGAGCGCGACACCGACAAGGGCCAGCACGCCCCGAUCUGCUGCAAAGAGUCGACCUCAGCCUAAGGUGCAGAGGCCAGUGAUGGAGAAGCACGAGUUGGUGAUAUCUCUUACUAAGGAAGAGAUUGAACAUGACUUCAUUUUAUUGACCGGAGAAAAGCCUCCUAAAAAACCUAAUAAGAGAUCAAAGGCCGUGCAGAAAAACCAUGAUAAUCUUUUUCCAGGCCUGCAUUUAACCAACAUAACACCUGAGCGGUACCGUGUUAAUGAUAAUGCACGCCAUUGA